UUUUUAAAUCACCGCGCAAUUAUGCGACUGUUCACCCCUCAUAUUCUGAGCCUCUUCGGAGCCGUGACGGCUACUUUCGCUGCCAAUACCGGAAAAAGUAACUCGGAUGCUGUGCCUUUGACCCGGGAGACAUUUUACGAUUUUAUGGAGAAGCAUGAGUUGGUUUUAGCCAAUUUCUACGCGCCGUGGUGUCGUUACUCCAGAGCACUGGCCCCUAAGUUCGAGCAAGCAGCUACGGCGCUGAAACAUGACAAUAUUCCCCUGGUUAAGGUGAACUGCGACUAUGAGGACGAGCUAUGCUCAGAUAUCGGGAUUGGCUGGUAUCCUACGUUGAAAGUGUUCCGUGGACCUGAAUCGCAUGAGCCAUAUGAUGGCAAUCAGGAAGCAGACUCGAUUAUCUCACAUAUGAUGGAUGAGUCGAUUUCCACUGGGGCUGGUGCAGGCUUGUAUUUGCAAUCAUAUCAUUAAACUAGCAUCAUAGACCCAUUAAUUCAAUACAAUGUAUCAAGCAUUUUGUGACGACUUCGCACUGCGUGCCAGGCUGAUGUACUGAGAUGUUUUCUUUGUUUGCUCUGUUUGGUUGGUUUGUCGUAUCCGUCGCAGAGUUGACGGUGCGUCGCUAGCUUGGGAAGUGGAUUAUCCUGGCUUCAGCUGACCUGAAUGUCUGGGAUUAGUGCAGUCCUGCUAUCAUCACAAUGUUCAAUAAUAAGAGAUGGAACUAUUCAGACUCCCAACAAGUAAUGUGAAUCUUUAGCUAACCGCAGUCGAGUGGUUAUUUACUAUAUGACGUUGUGCA